AGUCGAAGCUCAAGGUGAACACGCAGAUUGGCUGCGUGUCUCCUCGAGGAGCGUCGAGUGAAAGCCGCUGGAUGCUGCAGAAGAACCGCGCGUCGUGCCGUCGUCGGCCGGUUUCGAUGUUAUUUUGAUGGAUCGCGAGAGAACUUCCGCCGGAUACGGCUGCAGAUUCGUUCGAAUGAAGUUAAAACGAUGAAUCAGACCGAAGGAAGCGCGGCUCGGUUUCUGGAUAACCGUACGUCGCGAUUAGCUCUAAAUCGUGUGCGAUAACAGCGCGAGUUAGAAAGCUGUGGACACGCGUUCGGAACAGUUUGUUUUGCGCGAUCAGACUGGGCGGCUCAGAAAGCUGAAUGGAGACAACGGUCAUCAAACGACGCCUGCAGAUCAUUGGACUGGUCUCGCUAUGGCUGCUACACGCUGUAUUGCCCGGUGCAGCUGCAUCUUACAGCAUCGGGGUAGGCAGGGCUGACACCACUGGGCCCACCGCCGAAGUCGUUUUUAUGGGCUACGCGAAAAUCGAUCAAAAGGGAUCUGGACUCCAUCUGCGAACAUUCUCUCGCGCGUUCAUCAUAGAUGAUGGCGAGGAGAGGUUCGUCUUCGUCAGCGUGGACAGCGCGAUGAUGGGAAAUGGCGUUCGCGAGGCGGUGCUGCAGAAACUGCAGAUGCAGUUUGGUAGCUUGUACACUGAGAAGAACGUGAUGAUUAGCGGAACGCAUUCACAUUCGACGCCGGGUGGAUUCAUGCAGGACAUGCUAUUCGACCUGACGACGUUUGGAUUCGUUAAAGAGACGUUCGAUGCUUUGGUAUCUGGUAUAGCUAGGAGUAUCGAACGAGCGCACGAAGCUGUGGUGCCAGGUCGCAUCUUCAUCACGCACGGUGAGGUCCUGGGUGCCAACAUCAACAGAAGUCCUUUUGCGUACCUGAAUAAUCCUAAACACGAGAGAGACAGGUAUAAGUACAACGUGGACAAGACCCUGACGCAACUCCAGUUCGUCGGCGCAGAUAACAAACCGCUGGGUGUCAUCAACUGGUUCCCAGUGCAUCCUACUAGCAUGAACAACACGAACCACUUGGUUUCCAGCGAUAACGUUGGUUACGCCUCUAUUCUGUUCGAGCAGGCGAUGAACAAGGACUCUCUGGUUGGCAAGGGUUCCUUCGUGGCAUCGUUUGCUUCUACUAAUUUGGGCGACGUUUCACCAAACACUAAAGGUCCGAAAUGCGAAUUCUCUGGAAAAAAUUGCUCAGAACAGUACACUUGUCCCGGGAAAAAGGAGAUGUGUUUCGCAUCUGGACCAGGAAGAGACAUGUUCGAAAGCACCAGCAUUAUUGCCCACAAAAUCUUCACAGAAUCAUGGAGGCUGUGGCGCGGAGGGAAUGCCAAGGAAGUGAUCGGGCCCAUCCGAGUGGUGCAUCGUUAUGUCAAUAUGCCGAACCAGACAGCCGAAUUCUACAACGAGACCACCAAAACAGUCGAAGAGGUCCACGGCUGUCUGCCCGCAAUGGGUUACAGUUUCGCGGCUGGAACGACCGACGGUCCAGGAUCGUUCGCGUUCGAGCAAGGCACGACCACGGCCAAUCCUUUGUGGAACGCGGUUAGAAACCUAUUGGCGGUCCCCACGCAGGAGGAUAUCAAGUGUCAUGGCGCGAAACCGAUUUUGCUCGCCACUGGACGUAUGACUCUGCCGUAUGAGUGGCAGCCGAAAGUGGUAUCGACGCAGGUCGCGCUGAUCGGCAGCAUCGUCAUCGCCGGUGUGCCGGGAGAGUUCACAACAAUGUCCGGAAGAAGAUUGCGAGAGGCUAUCAGAACGGUCAUGAACGAAGCGUCCGACGACGAAACCUCCGUCAUAGUCGCUGGCCUCUGUAAUGUAUACAGCGAUUACAUCGCCACGCCGGAGGAAUAUCAAAUUCAAAGGUACGAGGGUGCUUCCACGAUAUUUGGGCCACACACUCUCACUAUUUACUUGAAACAGUAUACUGAGCUUGCUAGUGCUGUCAUUCUAAGAAAACAAGUGGAACGCGGACCGUUGCCCCCAGAUUUAGGAAAAAAGAAUCUGCUGACCUUCGUUACACCUGUACUCUACGACACGCCAAAAUGGGGCCGUAAUUUCGGCGAUUGUAUCAAACAGCCACAGAAAAUGGCGAAACCCGGUGACACGGUCACAGCUGUUUUCAUUUCCGGUCAUCCGCGUAACAAUUUGAUGACGGAGAACACGUUCCUGACGGUCGAGAGGCUGACGAACGACGAGGUGUGGGUGCCCGUUGCAACAGAUGCCAACUGGGAGACCAAAUUCGAAUGGAAGAGGACGUCGGUGGUUCUCGGCUCGAGUCAGGUGACAAUUACGUGGCAAGUCCCGGAGGACGUCAAACAGGGUGAAUAUCGUAUUAGGCACAACGGAUAUUACCGCUACAUCCUCGGCGGUAUUUUUCCUUACUACGGUGUAUCGAACCAUUUCCAGGUGGUAGUUCCCGAGUUGAAUCUCACUGGAAGACGGUUUUACGAAUAACCAUGGUGAUUCUGCAGCGAAACCAAAUGCUUACGUUUAAUUCCUUGCUGGAUUAGGAUUGAUUCAGCCGCGGAGGCCAUACAAGAAGAGUGUUAACUCGCAAUUUUUCUAUUGUACAGUGUUGUAUAUUGAUCUCCUUGUUAUUUUCGAUCUAUCGAUCGUAUUCGAUGGCGUAUUUUUUAAAAGAAAAAUAUGUUCACAAAAAUUGUGAUGAUACUGUCAAGUUAUAAUAAAUAGUAACCUAUUAUAAUCUACAA